AGAUGUCUCAUGGGGGAAGCGAUGUUGGGUUCGUUGAGCUCGAACUCGAGUAUGAUACAAUACCGGUACCGGUGCCGGUACCGGUAGCCUACCAUACGCACUCCAUGUACGAGUACUCGAGUAUUCCUCUUACAGCUGCAAGAAUUGUGUACUCGAGUAUGUGUGUGCGUGCGUGCGUGCGUGUGUGUGUGUGUGUGUACUAGAGUACAGUACUUGUGCCAAAUGUAAAGCUGCAUAUAUACUGCAUCCCUCUCUACCUUACAGUAUGUAUCAUGCGAAUAAUGUAUGAAUGAAUCUGCGUUUAUGUGUGGUGGGGCGCUUCUCCGUCUCUCCUCUUACCAUACUGUUUCUCUCCCCCUCUAUCAUCCCCAUCCCCCCCACUAUCCUCUUGUUGCCCAAUCCCUAUCCUUUCCCCUCCCUCCGUUAUCCUGUCGUCUCUUCUGUUUGUGGCAUCUGUUGCAUUCCAGCCUGCUUGUACCGCGAACAAGUAAAACUCGAGUGUGUGGUAUCUCACGCUCACCCUUACUCUGCCUCCUGCCUACACCCCUCCUUUCCCUUCCCCAUCCUCCCUCCUCACGCCUGAUCCCCACUGUUUUCCUUCCAGCAUUAUUCACUUCCCCUUCACUUCUAAUUCUUCCAAGUGUUUUCGUUCCAUCAGCAUCCAUCUUUGCUUCUCCCCCCGACGACUCAACACCCACCCCCUCCUGCAACAAACUUGGAAACACGAUUGUCUCCUUUGCUGAUACGCUGAAUCCUCAAUCAGCCUUUCAGAAUGUAAGCAACAAACAUGCUUCUCUGCUUAUCGUGCCCUUAAUGAGCUCAAGUUCGUUUUACUACGGCGAACGCUGACGGCAAAAAUCUAACUAUUGCCUUCUUUGCGCUAGGCGUCUCACCGUAUCGUUCAUCUCAACCUCCCAGAUCAUACAGCUCGAUGUUCCAUCCGAUAUGCCAACUGUGGAUUUUAAGGCGCUGAUUGCCGCGGAGAUACCCGCUGUCUCCUCCGUGGCCCAACAUCUCUACCACAAUGGUCGACUCCUCGCUGACCCUGCCAAAACUCUUGGAGAAUACGGAGUUGCCGAGGGGGAUAUGAUAGUCCUGCAUACGAGGGGCAGUGGUAGCAGCAGUUCUCCUGGAGCCGCAUCUGGUCAACAACAGCAGCAAGCUGGGGCGAUAAGGCGUUCAUCGGGAGGCCCUUCCGGUGCGGGUAGAGGUGCUCCAUACGGACGGCGGCCUGCGGCAGCAGGGCCACCAUCUGCUCCGGAAGGCCAACCCGGCAUGGACUCUGAGACGAUUCGUUUGCAGGUUCUAGGCGACCCGAGACUGAUGAAUGAGCUCAGGAGCUCCCAGCCGGAGCUGGCCGCGGCGGUCAAUGACCCAGAGAAGUUCGGAGAGGUCUUCCAACUGAUGGAGCGGCAAAGGGCUGAAGCCGAGAAGCAGAAGCAGCGGGAAAUUGUGAGUCAAGUCUCACUGGUCUGAGUGGUGGAGGUGAAGUCACUAACACGGAGCACCAUUUCACAGCGAAUGUUGAACGACGAUCCAUUUAACAUAGAUGCACAGAGAAAGAUCGAAGAAUUGAUUAGGCAAGAGGCUGUUAUGGAGAAUUUGCAGAAUGCGCUAGAGCAUAAUCCUGAAGGUAGCAAGCAUCCACAAUAUUAUCUCACAUGCAGCCCUACUGACGUAAGAACCUUUCCUCGCGUAGCUUUUGGUCGUGUAACAAUGCUGUACAUCCCGGUAGAAGUAAACGGAACCAAAGUGAAGGCAUUCGUUGAUUCUGGAGCGCAAGAGACGAUCAUGUCCCCUUCGUGUGCAGAGACUUGCGGUAUCAUGCGACUGGUCGACUCUCGGUUUGCUGGUAUCGCUAGAGGCGUUGGGACGGCUAAAAUCUUGGGCCGUGUUCACUGGGCUCAGAUCAAGAUCGGGAAUCUGUUCCUGGUCUGUUCGUUCACGGUUAUGGAAGGCAAGGGUGUAGGCCUACUUUUGGGACUUGACAUGCUCAAGAGGCAUCAAGCUGUUCUUGAUUUUAAGAAGGGUUGCCUGGUUAUUCAGGAUGAAGAGGUUCAAUUCCUGGGAGAGAGCGAGAUUCCCAAGCACGAUGAUGACCGCGGGCUGGAGGACCAGCCGGCUGUCGAAGGCCCAGGUGGAUCGGGAGUUGGAGGCAGAACUGGAGUCUCAAUUGAACCAUCCAUCACAUCUACAUCAGCUGGAUUUGGGCCUACAUCGGGGGGUAGCAGUGAAGCGGCGCCGGGGCAACCGGAGUCUCAGCACUCUGCGGAAGCCAUAAGCCAAUUGGAGGGAUUGGGUUUUUCUAGGAGCGAGGCUUUGGCAGCUUUGAAUGCCACUGGCGGGGAUAUAGAUAUGGCAGCUAGUUUGCUCUUCCAAUGAUGUUGGCCCCCGAGCCUGGAGUGGCUUUGGCUUUUUUGCUUGAAGAUGGCUUUCUGCUUGAUUUCUUGUUUGGGGGAGUGGUGGUGGGUGUUCAAUAGAGGAUAAUCUAGCGACUAUUUUGGGGAUCUUAAUCGAUGGAAUGGUGGGAGGUAGAUUAGCUAUAUCUAAUGCCCGAAACGGCCGCAAAAAGUUC